AUCUCUUUUAAAAGGAAGUGUUAGUAACAGGAAGCUAGAAUUUACUUGCACAGCUUGUUAUUUGAAAAAUCGUAUAUAUUGAAUCUGCCAUGUCAGCCCUUUCAGAAAUGACGUGGAAAUGGAUGGAGUUACACGAUUCAGUUUCCUCCUGCAGCUCGGUCAGGAUGAACAUGAAUGUAAAACCUGCAGAUGUGAAUCAACCUCAGCAGGAGCAAUAUAUCCCUUCCUGCUCAACCAUGGCACCAAUGUCUGUGCAGAAAGCAGAAACUUCUGUUGCAACCCAGGAAGAAGAACAGGACACAACAGCUCAAUGUCAACUUUCUGCUAAGACUACUGUUUUGAAUGAUGAUUGCAUGGAUAAUUCGGGCUGGACUCCACUACAUCAUGCUGCAUUCUGUGGAAAUAUUUCUUUGAUUGAGUAUCUUCUUCAUAGACGUGCUGCUAUCAAUAGCAGGAGUAAGUAUUAUUAUACAGCACUGCAUAGGGCUGCUGAUAAUGGACACACCGAAGCAGUGGAUUACCUCUUACACCGUGGUGCCCUUCUUGAGCCCCAAACUCGCUGUGGAGCAAGCCCACUUCACUGCAGUGCAGCUACAGGUCACUUAAGCACUGCUCAGCUCUUAAUAAAAUAUGGAGCCUCUGCAGACAUUAAAGAUAACAAUAAGUGGACCCCAUUACACUGGGCCUGCUUGAAUGGGCAUAUAGACCUCAUUGAACUGCUACUGAAGGAGGGAUCUUCCGUGGAUGAGAAGACAGAUUAUGGUAUGACUCCACUACAACUAGCAGUUGAGGCUGGAAAUGUCAAGGCCACCGCCUAUUUACUGAAGAAAGGAGCCGACAUAGAUGCCAAGGAUGAAAAUAAUCAAACCGCUCUGCACAAAGCUGCUGCAAAUGGAAAUAAGGAGGUAAGAGGCAGAUGGAUAAGUCUGAUAGUGUUGAGCAAUGAAAAAGAUACUUCUAUACCUGUAGACAAUGCUGCAGAAUGA